GAGGUUGAGGUGCAUCCAGACUGGGCGCCGAACGGUGCGGCCCGCUUCAAGGAGCUCCUCGAGGCUGACUUCUACACAGGUACGAGUUUCUUCCGCGUGGUCAAAAACUUUAUUGUGCAAUUUGGGAUCCACCCGAGGCCGGACAUCUCCGCCCGGUGGACGAACCGCACCAUCCCGGACGACCCUGUGCUCAAGAGCAAUGAUCGCGGGCUUGUCUCCUUCGCCUCGUCGGGCCUGCGCAGCAGGAACACCCAGCUCUUCGUUAAUCUAAAUCGCAACGUCAAGCUCGACGGCAUGGGCUUCGCCCCCUUUGGCGUCGUCGUCGGUGACGGCAUGACCGUUGUCGAUCGAAUCUUUGCAGGGUAUGGCGAGGCGCCGCAGCAGGCGCGCAUUCUUGCCGAGGGCGCCAUGUACCUCGAGCAGAAUUUCCCCAAGCUGAGCUAUGUGCGGCGCGUGCGGAUC